CGAUAUUUAUUGGAUGAAUAACAGUAUACUAACCUUGAGUGAUCAGAAAAAGCAGUAGGAAUAAAAGCCCUAAUUAAACAAAAAGGAUAGUCUGGUUUAAAAUACGACAUUCAAUAUGCGUGUGAUAUGCACCCUUUAGAGUCAAUAACUGAAGAAAGCUGUAGUGAUGGUCAAAAAGUUAAAGUGUUGAUCGAUCCAAAAUCUAGCGUGUUUGUUCUCGGCUCUGAAAUAGAU